AUGGUCGACGCCGAGGCCCUGGCAGACAAGGCCAGCGAGCGAGCGGGCGAGACGGGCCGGGCGAGACUAGCAGAGACGACAGAGAAGCUGAAGGAGAAAGAGAAAGAGGAGAAGGGCAAGAAGAAGGACAAGGAGAAGGACGCUGAGAAGGAGAAAGACAAGGAUGAUGAUAAGAAGGAUAGGAAAGAUAGAGACAAGACAAAAGAGCGGGAAAGAGAGAAGGACAAAGAAAAGAAGAAGGACAAAGAGAAGGACAAAGAGAAGGAGAAGGACAAGGAGAAGGACAAGGAGAAGGACCGGAAGCGGGAACGCUCCCGAAGCCGCGAUCGUGACCGCCGAAAAUAG